AUGAGGAUGUUACAAAAUCUACUAGUGAUUGUACUCUAUGUUGUAGCUACGUCGGCUCAAGAAACAACUCAGGAUGGUUUCGAUGCUAGGAAGCCUUACAUUGUGUACAUGGGAGAACUGCCAGGAGCAGAAACUUCCGCCAUGGCCAGACACCAUAACCUGCUAGUGCAAGCAAUCGGAGAUGAAGAAAUAGCCAGAGCAUCAAGAAUUCAUAGCUAUGGAAGGACCUUCAAUGGGUUCGCGGCAAGAUUGUUGCCACAUGAAGCAAAGGCACUAGCAGAGGAAGAUAGUGUUGUAUCAGUGUUUCCAAACACUAUGCGCAAACUACAUACAACAAGGUCAUGGGAUUUCCUAGGACUGCCCAAAAAAUUAAAGAAAGGGAACGCUCAAAUACAGAGCAAUAUCAUAGUGGGUGUUUUGGAUACAGGAAUUUACUUGGAUGGUCCCAGUUUCAAUGAUACAGGUUAUGGGCCUCCCCCAUCUAAAUGGAAAGGCAAAUGUGUCAAGGGUGACAACUUCAAAGGCUGCAACAACAAGGUAAUUGGUACCAAAUAUUUUAAUCUGAACUCCAACAAUCCUUGGUCAGGCAAAUUAAGUCCAGUCGACGAUGAAGGUCAUGGCAGUCACACUGCCUCCACCAUUGCUGGUACACCCGUCCAAGGAGCCAGUGUAUACGGCAUUGCAAAAGGGACUGCACGCGGUGGCGCGCCCCUGUCGCGUAUCGCUGUGUACAAAGUGUGCUGGCCCUCUACUGGCUGCAGUGAUAUCGAUAUGCUGGCUGCGUUCGAUGAAGCCAUUGCUGAUGGAGUGGACUUGAUAUCCAUCUCCAUAGGCGGUCCCUCGAGGAGUUUUUGGGAAGAUCCUAUUGCCAUUGGAUCAUUUCAUGCCAUGAAAAAAAGGAUUUUUGUUUCAUGCUCAGCUGGGAAUGAUGGGCCUAGUGAAGGCACUGUCCAGAAUGUAGCACCAUGGGUUACCACAGUGGCUGCUAAUACAAUUCUCUCUCUCUCUCACAGAAUAGAGAAUUAUACUGAGUUAACUGCAUUGUUCUUUUAUUGAUAGGGGAAUGCACUCAAUACCUACACAUUAAAGAAACAAAUGUAUCCUCUUACAAGUGGAACCCUGGCAUCCAACAAGAGUGAAAACAGCUAUGGAAAUGCAAGUGCUUGUGAGAGUUCUACUUUAAACGCGGACAAGGUGAAGGGAAGGAUUGUGUACUGCCUAGGGUCUAGUGGCCAGGAUUUCACCAUCCAAAGAUUGCAGGGUGCCGGAACUCUCAUGACACAGUAUGAAUUGGAAGAUUAUGCCUUUUCUCCGGUGAUCCCCGGUACUGGUAUCCUUGUCAAGGAUGGGAUAAAGAUUGAUCAGUAUAUUAACUCUACCAAGAACCCUAGGGCUGUCAUAUACAAAACAAGAACCGUCAAAACUCCAGACGCCCCCAACAUUGCUUCUUUCUCAUCCAGAGGACCUCAACGGAUAACCCCCAGUAUCCUCAAGCCUGAUAUUUCAGCACCAGGGAUAAACAUAUUAGCGGCAUAUUCACGUCUGGCAUCCAUAUCUGGUGACCCAGAAGACAAGCGGUUCAGCUUGUUCAAUAUGAUGUCUGGUACAUCCAUGGCUUGCCCUCAUGUAACCGCUGCCGCUGCUUAUGUCAAGUCCUUCCACCCAGACUGGUCACCCGCUGCCAUCAAGUCCGCUCUCAUGACAACCGCCACACCAAUUAAUACCCGAGUUGGAGGCAACACACUAGGAACGGGAGCAGGACAAAUAAACCCGAAAAAGGCAGCGCAUCCCGGGCUCAUCUAUGACAUCACAGUGGAUGACUAUAUCAGCUUCUUGUGCAAGCAAGGCUACAACAGCACCAACAUUGGCAUACUUGUUGGAGGCAAAAAGAACAUUAGCUGCUCUGACUACAAGCCUCCUCGAGGCACAGACGGCCUCAACUAUCCAAGCAUGCAUUUUCAUCAAGAAGCAAAUGACGCUUCAGUUAAAGCUGUCUUCUAUAGAAGAGUAACGAACGUAGGGUAUGGUAACUCAGUGUACAAAGUAAAGCUGAUUAUGCCAAAGUUCUUUUCUGUAACAGUCACACCAAGUACCUUGAAAUUCACCCGGUCGCAUCAGAAGAGGUCUUUUAAGGUUGUGGUGAGUGGUGGCACACUAACUGCUGGGGUGCCUGUGUCUGCUUUUCUUGAGUGGGAUGAUCAUAAACACAGUGUUAGGAGCCCGAUCAUACUCUACAAGGAUCCCAGUUAGGUUUCUUUCACCAACAUUUUCUUUUCUUUUUCCUAUUAGUUUCCAUUUGUCC